ACUUCCUCUCCUGUUUCUCUUCUCUGUGUUUUUUGCAGAAGGACAGAAGCCAUGGACGUCGUCUCCUCACUGCUCUGCCCUCUCCUCCUCCUCCUCCUCUCCGUCCUCCUGUCCUCCCUCCCCUCCUGCUCCUCCUCCAUGCUGUGCCCGAAGCGGUGCACCUGCCAGAACCUGCUGCCGUCCUACACGGUGCUGUGCGCCAAGACGGGCCUCCUCUUCGUCCCGCCCAACAUCGACCGGCAGACGGCCGAGCUCCGGCUGAUGGACAACUUCAUCACAACGCUGAGGCACCGCGACUUCGCCAACAUGUCCAGCCUGAUCCACCUGACCCUGAGCAGAAACACCAUCAGUCAGAUCCGACCGUACACCUUCGCAGACCUCCAGGAUCUCCACGCCCUCCACCUGGACGCCAACCGCCUCACCACGCUGGACGACUCCCACUUCCAGGGCCUGGUGAACCUGCGACACCUGAUCCUCGCCAACAACCAGCUGCACAGCAUAUCGGAGGGGGCCUUUCAGGACUUCUUGGAGACUCUGGAGGACCUGGAUUUGAGCUACAACAACCUGGUGGACAUCCCCUGGGACACAAUCUCCCUGCUGGCCAGCGUUAACACCCUCAGCCUGGAUCAUAACCUCAUAGAGAGCGUCCCCGAGGGAAUCUUCUCCAACCUGCACAAACUGGCCAGGUUGGACAUGACAUCCAACAAGCUGAAGAAGAUUCCCCCCGAUCCGCUGUUCCUGCGGAUCCCGGUGUACGCUAAGAUGAAGGGUUCUCCUCUCACGGCGCUGGUGCUGAGUUUCGGAGGGAACCCUCUGCACUGUAACUGUGAGCUGGUCUGGCUACGAAGGCUGACCAGAGAGGACGACCUGGAGACCUGCGCGUCGCCCCGAGACCUGGCCGGGAAAUACUUCUGGACCAUCAGAGAGGAGGAGUUUGUGUGCGAGCCGCCGAUGAUCACUCGUCACACCUCCAAGAUGUUUGUGAUGGAGGGUCAGGAGGUCAGCCUGCGCUGUAAGUCCAUCGGGGACCCGGAGCCUUCCACGCACUGGGUCAGUCCUGACGGGAAGCUGAUCGGAAACACGACCAGAACCGUCUGCUACGAGAACGGAUCCCUGGACAUCCUGAAGGCCUCCGUGAAGGAUUCUGGAAAGUUCACGUGUAUAGCAUCGAACGCAGCCGGGGAGGCCACCGCUCCCGUUGAGUUAGUCGUCAACCCGUCGCCACACUUUGACCCCAAACUGGACCCUGACCCGGGGCCCUCGGACAUCCCCACGUCUAUAAAGUCCAACAUCAGCGGAGGUCAGGCCCGGUCGGACCAGCAGAGAGUGAGCGUGUCGGAUCUAACGUCCAGCUCGGCCACCAUCAGAUGGCCCCCGCAGAACCACAUACCCGGAGUCCGCAUGUACCAGAUCCAGUACAACAGCUCCACAGACGACAUACUGAUUUACAGGUAA